UUUUUUUUAAAUUUUUUAAAAUUUUCUGAAGCUUCGAUCAAGGAGAACAGUUUAAAUGCGCCUAAAUUUGUUAAACCAGUCCCUAAACUUUAUGACUUUCAAUUAUUGGAUAAGUGGAAUAGAAAAAUCAAUUCCUAUGUUUUUGGGUUGUAGUGUUAAGGACGUAAAUCUCGUUAUUUUUGUAUUGGAACAGUGUUUUGAAUUCAGACAAGGUUAA